AUGGGAAAAGUUAUUGAACAAAGUAUAAGUGAAUUUCUUGAAUCAAAAUUUGAUGGAUUCAAAAUUCAAAAAUUUUCCGAUAAAGAUCUUGAAAAUUUCAGUUUUAACAAUUCAAAAAUAUACGGAAACGUUGAAAUUGCCACAUUAAAGAAAAAUAAUUCUACCGUCGUGUUAAAACCAAUCAAUGUUGCCAAUAUUCGUUUAGAAGUUGAUGAGAUUAAAUUAAUGUGGGAGGCAGGUUCCGAUAAAUCCACAUUAAAAUUACACGAUGCAAGUAAAGAUGAAUAUUAUCUCGUAUUGGAAUAUAUUAAUUGUGUGACCCUUACUCAAUACUUGCAAAAUAAUUUUAAAACUUUGGAUUGGAAUAAAAAAAUUAAAAUCGCAUUAGACAUUUCAAACGCAUUAUUAUUCUUACACGAACAUAACAUUUUUCAUAAAAAUUUGAGUUCGGAUAGUAUCUUAUAUUAUCGUGAUACUAUUAAAUUAAUCAAUUUCGGAAUAUUCAACUUUAGAACGUUGACCAAAAAACGUUCUUUCUUGCAAAAAAUCAUGAAAAAUAAUGAUGAUAGUGAAUCGAUCAUGCGUCCAAAAGAAUAUGAUGUUUGCUCUUUAGGGUCUGUUUUGUUCCAACUUACUCAAGCUCUUGAAAAUUAUAAUGGAGAUUGGGAUAAAUAUUUGAAAAAUCUUUCGUUAGAACAAAGAGUUAAUGCAAUGAGCAAUGUUCCAACUUGUUGGAACAAAAAUCCAAACAAUCGACCAAAUAUUCAUCAAGUCACUAAAUCUUUACAACAAUUAAAUAACAAGUAUAAUCCACCUACACCUACAUCCACAUCUACAUCGACUUAUCAAACAAUGAACAAAAUAUUAUCAACACUAACAACAACAAAUCCAACCACUACUACACCAUCUAAAUCACCAAUCACACCAGUUAAAACAACCAUCCCGCCAACCAAACAACCUACCACCACCACUACUACACCAUCUAAAUUAUUUAACACUCCCACCACCACCACCACCACCACAACAACAACAACAACAUCAAAAACACCAGUUAAACCAACCAACAAUACUUCAGCAUCAACAUCGUCAUCCGCAUCAGCUUUAACGUCAACAUCACCAUCCACGUCGGCUUCGACAUCAGCUUCAGCAUUAACAACAUCCACGUCAGCUUCGACAUCAGCUUCGACAUCUGCUACAACAACAUCCACGUCAGCUUCGACAUCAGCUUCAUACUUGUCUUCAGUCAUAAUGGCCAGUCAGCUUAUCUCUAUUCUGCGUGAUUCAUCAUUAUAUACAACACCGCAAAAUACUGUUCCAGUAACCCAAGAAUAUAUCACUAAAUUUUAUAAGACAAUUUACGACAAGGUCGUAAAAUGUGAAAUGGACAUUUCGAAAGUUAAUGAUGUUUAUAUAUUAGAUUAUUUGAAACAAACAAGUCAAAGUGAAUUUAAAGUUUUUGAGUUCGUUAACACAAAUCAAUCCAAAACAAUCAAUAAGGUUAUGUUGGCAUUGUUUCAUCAACUCGCAAUUGGAACCGCAUGCAAUGUACCAAAGGCAUUCGAAUUGUACACAGAGUUAGCACCAAAAAAUGGCUUCUCAGCGUAUACAGCGGGUUUAUACAAGCAAUAUGGUCAAGGAAUCCCAAAAAAUGCCACUGAAGCUUUUAACUUUUUCAAAUUGGCUGGUGAAGGUGGCUUUGUACCAGCUUAUAAUAAAUUAGGGUUAUGUUAUGAUAUGGGAACAGGUGUUGAGGUAGAUAAAGAAAAGGCCUUCCAAUGGAUUGAAAAAUCGGCAUUAGCAGAUGAUAAAUAUGGUCAAUACAAUUUAGGAUUAUAUUAUGAAACUGGUAACGGAUGUGAAAAAGAUUUAACCCAAGCAUUCGUAUGGUAUGUGAAAGCUGGCGAGCAAGGAUUUAUCACAGCAUUGAAUAAAGUGGGAAUUUGUUAUAAAAAUGGAGUGGGAACAACGGCAGACCUGUCCAAAGCAUUCGAAUGGUUCAAAAAAGCGGCCGAGGCAGGAUGUAAAUAUGGACAAGUUAAUUUGGGAAAUGCUUAUGAGUUGGGAUGGGGAGUUACCAAAGAUGAGGACGAAGCUUUUAAAUGGUUCGGCAAAUCUGCUAAUAAUGAUAAUUAUGAUUUGGGACAAUUUUAUUACGCAAGAUGUUUCGAAGUAGGUAUUGGAACUCCUAAAAACAUGAACAAAGCUUUGGAAUGGUAUAAGAAAAGUGCUGAUAACGGAAACAAUAUGGCGAGAUUUGCUUUGUUGGACUUGACCGGAAUGGCGGCACUUCUUAUUCAAUAG